AUGGAGUCCCUCAAGACUGAGGCCGAGGAAACGGUUUCCCCGACGGAGGGAAAAGGUCCCGCUCAGGACUGCCAGAGCUCGACAGCGUCCAUGGCGAAGAUUAUUGAGAACGCGAAAUCUGCUGCUCAUAAGGAACAGAAAAUGACUCUGUGGCAGGGAGUCAAGCUCUAUCCCAAAGCUGUCGCAUGGAGUAUCCUCAUUUCCACCUGCAUCGCCAUGGAAGGGUACGAUAUUAGUCUGGUCACCAACUUUUACGCUUUCCCUCAAUUCAAUCGCAAAUAUGGGGAAUUGGGGUCAGAUAACAACUAUCAAGUUCCUGCACGGUGGCAAGCUGGUCUGAGCAACGGUGCAUAUGUCGGUGAAAUUAUUGGUCUGUUCAUCAACGGCUGGGCCUCUGAACGAUUCGGAUAUCGAUAUACGGUUAUGGCAUGUUUGGUCCUGAUCACAGCAUGGACUGCGAUCUUCUUCACGGCCCCCAAUGUUCAAGCGCUUCUCGCCGCGGAGAUCCUUGCGGGUAUUCCCUGGGGUGUCUUUCAAACGCUGACCAUCACCUAUGCCUCGGAGGUUUGCCCCGUUGCGCUGCGCGGGUAUCUUACAACCUAUGUCAACUUCUGCUGGGGUCUGGGACAACUGAUUGGAGUGGGUGUUAUUCGGGCUAUGAUCAACCGCGACGACGAAUGGGCCUAUCGCAUUCCCUACGCCCUGCAGUGGAUGUGGCCCGUGCCACUUUUCAUUGGCAUCUUCCUCGCACCAGAAUCGCCUUGGUGGCUUGUCCGGAAAGGCAGAACGGAAGAGGCCAAAAAGUCCUUGUUGCGCCUCACCAGCACAAACCGAGACACGGAGUUCGAUGCAGACGAGACAAUCGCCAUGAUGGUGCAUACAACCGCGCUCGAGGAAAAGAUCACAACGGGGGCUAGCUACUGGGACUGCUUCAAGGGUACUGAUCGGCGCCGUACGGAGAUUGUCUGUAUGGUGUGGGCUAUUCAGAAUCUUAGCGGCAAUUCUUUCUCCAACUACUCCACCUAUUUCUUGCAACAGGCCGGACUUCCAACUUCCACAGCCUACUCGUUUGCCAUGGGACAGUACGGCAUUAAUAUGGUUGGCGUCUUUGGCGCAUGGUUCCUCAUGUCCAGAGGUAUUGGCCGUCGCACUCUCUAUCUUUACGGCCUCUGCGGCCUAUGUGUCAUGCUCCUCGUGAUGGGUUUCCUCGGGCUUGUUCCCGAAUCCCACCGAACCCAGUCUUCCCUCGCGACUGGCUCCAUGAUGAUCGUGUGGGCUCUAUUCUACCAGCUCUCGGUCGGAACCGUGGCCUACUCACUCGUUGCAGAGUUGUCCACCCGCCGCCUCCAAAUCAAGACCGUCGUCCUGGGUCGUAACCUGUACAACAUCGUUGCGAUCAUCUGCGGUGUCUUGACCCCUUACAUGCUCAACCCUACCGCCUGGGACUGGGGCAACUAUGCCGGUCUGUUCUGGGGGGGGAUCUGCUUCCUCUGUAUCAUCUAUACUUAUUUCCGGGUUCCCGAACCUCGGGGCCGUACCUUUGCGGAGCUGGAUGUGCUCUUUGCGCGCCGAGUCAGUGCAAACAAAUUCGCCAGCACGCAGAUCGAUGUGUUCGAUGAAACUGUCGAGAGCCACGUGGUGCAGAACUAUCAGCAUCAGCGAGUGGAUGCAACCGCCGCUGAUGUGGCUUAG